AUGAAUGGUGGUUGGAUUCCUGUGAUCAGAAGGAGGGUGGUAGGAAAUCAGGAUGGUUAUUGCAAGAAGACAGAGGUGAUUACCAUUUUCGUGGACAACAUCCCUGAGUCCAUGGAUGCUAAAGGUUUAUUCAGUCAUUUUAGAAAGUUUGGCGUGGUAAAGGAUGCGUUCAUACCAGGGAAGAGGAGAAGAGUUUUAGGUUCCAGAUUUGGUUUUGUGCGAUACGAUUGUGAGGUGGCGGCAGAGAUGGCGAUUGAGAAGGCUGAUGGUUUGUGGUGUGAUAAUAAGGCGCUGAAAGUUAAAAGAGCAGAGUUUCAAAAACCUCAUGCUCUGGGUCAUCGAGAGAAGGGGAUGCUAAACAGAGGAGAUGAAGGCAGAGCGAUGCAUCAGCGGCCUCAAAGGCAGCAAUGGCAGGAUAAUAGGGCUAAGCAGUCAUAUGCAGAAGCAUUAGUCAGAGGAAGAGUAUGUGACAGUGAGAAGGUGGUGAUCUGA